AUGGUGGCUUUUCCUUACGCUCAUGUGGACAAGAGCCUGCGAGCCCUUGCCGGCCAGGCUGAGGGCUUCGGCCGGCACGCCAUUGGAGGCCUGCAUGGAGCUCCCUAUCACGUCACCAGCUUAGCCGAUGAUGGAUGUGGUUCACUUCGUGAAGGAUGCCGUAGAAAUGAACCACUAUGGAUCAUUUUUGAAGUUUCAGGAACCAUUGAACUUUCAUCAGACUUGAGGGUGUCUUCAUAUAAAACAAUUGAUGGUCGAGGGCAGAAGGUUAAAUUGGCUGGCAAGGGUUUACAGUUGAAAGAGUGUGAGCAUGUCAUUAUAUGCAAUUUGGAAUUUGAGGGUGGUAGAGGGCAUGAUGUUGAUGCAAUUCAGAUAAAGCCCAAAUCAAGGCAUAUAUGGAUAGACCGCUGCAGUUUGCAUGAUUACGAUGAUGGACUCAUCGAUAUUACUCGUGAAAGUACCGAUAUAACUAUUUCAAGAUGUCGCUUCUCGGCGCAUGAUAAAACAAUUCUUAUCGGAGGAAGUAGCAGUAGCAUCUCCGAUAGAUGCAUCCGUGUGACAAUUCAUCACUGUUUUUUCGAUGGAACCAAACAGCGACAUCCUCGUGUUAGAUUUGGCAAAGUGCACCUCUACAACAACUACACCAGAAACUGGAGCAUAUAUGCUGCUUGUGCUAGUGUAGAAUCACAGAUUGUGUCUCAGUGCAAUAUUUAUGAAGCCGGAGAGAAGAAGGUAGUUUUCAAAUAUUUAUCGGAGAAGGCAGCAGAUAAAGAAGAAAGCGCAUGCGGAUGGAUAGGGUCUGAAGGGGACCUUUUUCUGAAUGGUGCCCAACCCUCUCUAUUAGAAGAUGGCAGUGCAGAGAGUGUGUUUAAGGCCCAUGAAUACUAUCCAGCAUGGACUAUGGAACCAGGAUCAUUAGCUCUGAAAAAGGUUCUCCAAAUGCAAACAGGUUGGCAGCCCAUAGCAAGGCCACCAGACAAUUGUAGUACUGUGGAAGACACUUUGGCUACUGAAAUAUGA